CCCCGCCCCGCCCCGGGACAUGGCGGCGGCGGCCAUGGCGCUGCGGCCGCGGUUGGAGGCGCUGGGCCGGCGGCUGCCCGCGCGCGGGGCGGCGGGAGGCGGCGAUUCCUUCUUAGCAAAGGGCUCUGCUACUCUGGAGAAACUGAAGGACCUCUGUAAUGAAGGGAGAGAACAUCCUUCCACGCUUUUGCAGCUCUAUGCGCAGGGUGUCUUAGACAUUACGUAUUUUGAGGAAAACCAGCUGGUGGAUGAAGAUUUUCCAGAAGAAUCUUCAUUGCAAAAAGUUAGAGAACUUACUCGUGUUCUUUCAGAACCAGAAGACCUAGUGAGGGAGUGCAACGUAAAUGAAGAACCCAUCAAUAUCCUUGGUGCAGAGUUAUUAGAAUGUCUUUACUGGAGAAGAGGAGCCCUGCUUUACAUGUUUUGUCAUACAGCAAAAGAGAGGAGUGAAUGGCUCCAGGAAAACAUUGCCGUAUUUGAAAAGUGUCUUAAUGAUGGAGUUCAUUACUUGAUGAAGAUGCUUAGCUUUAGAUGCCCUCUUCAGCUAAAUGAAGAUGUUGCAGUUCAAGAUAAAGACACAGCUACGUUACUCAGUGAAGGUGUAUUUAGUGACACUCACUUACUGGCCAUGAUGUACAGUGGAGAAAUGUGCUAUUGGGGACUGCAACACUGUGGAGAAGGGAAGCAGAAAAAGCUGGAGACGACAGAUUCAAUCUUUAACAGUGACCUGUGCUGCAGAUCACAGUGUGUGUUUCUGGAUUUCCGAGAAACGGGCAAAAAAAUGUUAACGAAGUAUGUGGCUGUUUGUGAGGGACCUUUAAAAGGCGAAGGGUGGAACACAACAACCGCAAAACAAAUGUUGUGUUACUUGGUGAAAUCCCAAAACUAAACUAUGCUGCCUUGGCUGCACUGGUGUCCGAAGAGCACGCACAGGGACGUGAUCGAUGCUUCAGUGUCUAACCGGUUUUCUUAUCAAAAUGCAUGCUUUUUUUGCAUUAAAAUCGUGCAUUCCAAGAA